AUGAAAAUAGAAGAGGUUCGCAGCACAUCGAAAACUCAGAGAAUAGCAGCCCAUACACAUGUUAAGGGCCUUGGAUUAGAUGAAACCGGCACUGCUCUGUCAAAUGCAUGUGGACUUGUUGGUCAAGAGUGCGCGCGUGAAGCCGCUGGUAUUGUGGUAGAAAUGAUUAGAUCAAAGAAAAUGGCCGGGCGUGCGGUUUUAAUGGCAGGGCCCCCAGGGACUGGAAAGACUGCAAUAGCUUUAGCCAUUGCCCAGGAUCUUGGUGGAAAAGUUCCAUUUUGCCCGAUGGUUGGGAGUGAGGUUUACUCUUCCGAAAUAAAGAAGACGGAAGUUUUGAUGGAGAACUUCAGGAGAGCGAUAGGUUUGCGCAUAAAGGAGAUCAAAGAAGUAUAUGAAGGAGAAGUAACCGAGUUGACUCCGGUAGAGACGGAGAGUCCAACUGGAGGUUUCGGCAAAACAAUCAGUCAUGUUAUUAUCAGUUUGCGUACUGCCAAGGGUGUCAAACAACUGAAAUUGGACCCAUGUAUUUAUGAGAGUCUGCAGAAAGAACAUGUUGAGGUCGGGGAUGUAAUUUAUAUCGAAGCCAACUCCGGUGCAGUCAAGCGUCAGGGGAGAUGUGAUGUUUAUACAGCUGAAUAUGAUUUAGAAGCUGACGAGUAUGUCCCUCUCCCAAAAGGGGAAGUUCAUAAAAAGAAAGAUGUUGUUCAGGAUGUUACACUUCAUGAUCUGGAUGUAGCAAACGCCCGACCUCAAGGGGGCCAAGAUAUUGUCUCAAUGAUGGGCCAGCUCAUGAAGCCAAAGAAGACGGAAAUCACAGAUAAGCUAAGGAAGGAAAUCAACAAGGUUGUUAAUAAAUACAUAGAUCAAGGUAUCGCUGAACUUGUUCCUGGUGUGCUGUUUAUUGAUGAAGUACAUAUGCUAGACAUCGAAUGUUUCACCUAUCUUCAUCGAGCACUCGAAUCAACAAUCGCACCCAUCGUUAUUUUUGCUACCAAUCGGGGAAAAUGUACUAUCAGAGGCACUGAAGACAUUAUUUCUCCUCAUGGAAUCCCAUUAGAUCUACUAGAUCGUGUUAUGAUCAUACGCACUCUUCCUUAUUCUUGUGAAGAAGUAAUCCAAAUCCUACGUAUACGUGCACAAACUGAAGGGAUAAAAGUAUCUGAACAAGCAUUCACUUGCCUUGCAACUGUCGCUACAGAUACAACUUUACGAUAUGCUGUCCAACUUUUGACCCCGGCGUGUCGUCUUGCUCAACUGAGUGGACGAGAUGAAGUCGAACCUUCAGAUAUCGAAGAAGUAAGAUCUCUAUUUCUUAAUGCAAAGCAAUCUGCCAAAAUACUUACUGAACAUGAAAAUCAGUUUAUGCGCUGA